CUCCAAUCACAUUAUUAUUGAGUAUUCGACGAGGAUGGUGAUAUAGGCUGGAUGUGUUAUUCCAUUGAUGUCGUAUGAAGCUAUGAACAUCGACGAUGAGAUGAUUUGAACGAUUAUUUGACGAAGAUCGAGGAUCUAAUAAACAUCUGAUGAGGAGGAGCAGCAGAGGUAUUUGAACGGCAGUGCUACCGAGCCACGCAGCCUUCUGCUUGGGCCACUGAGGACCUACCUAGGUGAAGACUCCCAGAGGGCCAGAGACAUGGGGAAACGGGGAUGGCGAGUGGACGCCUCCCGUUGGUCCCUUCAACUGCUGCUGCUCCUGGCCUCGUCACUGUCUCUGGCCACCCACCUUCCCGGUCUCAAAUGUCUGUGUGACUUCGACACCACCAUCUCCUGUGAUUGGAACAGCUCUUCAUGGCCCCAGUUUCCUCCCAUCACGGCUGCCACCUCAUGCAAGCUCAAAACCGAAAAGAUACGCCACGGUGGUAGGCCAACUCGCUAUAAAUCAGAAUGUGAUAUGAGGCCCCGGGACCCUGCUCACCCAGCCUUACGAGCAUGCAGCCUGGUCUUACCACCACCUCUGAGCCAGGGGUUUAGACACAGUGAUGAGUGGAAAAUGUUUCUGGACUGUGAGUCUGUGAACACCACCAUCAUCUACAGGCCAGCAGACUACAUAAAGCUGAAGACACCCAGCAUGCCUGAGGACAACCUGACCGCCGUCUCCUUAUUCUCUGAGGUCCCUAGAUUAGAUUUCAUUGACUUGCGUGACAUCCAACUGCAGUGGAUAAAAGUGGGUCAACCAUGGGGGGCUCAGAACAUUACGAUGGAAACCAAGUGCAAACCCCUGUGCCAGAUGGAGUUAACCGGGCUGGAGAAGGGAGGGCAUUACCAGGCGCGCAGCCGAGUCCGUCCUAGCGAGGCCGUGUACAAAUCAGAGUGGAGCGACUGGAGCCCUGUGUUGCACUGGGUCUCUGCCGUCGGGACGGAAGUAUCAUCGACGACAGAAAGAGAGUUUGUUAUGCAGUGGGAAGCUCUGGUGACAGCAGUUGUAGGUGCAGUGGUGUUUCUGUCCCUAACCAUCAUCGUCUGCAAGAUAGACAGAGAGACCUGGGUGUUCAUGGUGAAGAAGAUCAGUGGUCCUCCUCUGCCAAACCUGGAUCACUUACUCGGUCCUGAAGGCAAAUCUCUGGUUUGGCUGAAGCCUGGCUUCCCCAGCGAGGCCCAUCACACCCUGACUGGGCUAGAUUUGAUCUCCUCAGUGGAGGUCACCAGCCGCCAGUCUGUAACACUGAACCUCAAGGCCUCCCCCAAACACAGCCGGUCUGCACCACUUGCGCAGAAGCUCAAGGCCGCCUCCAGGUACUCCAACCCCAGCUAUCCCCACCUGCUCCUCCACGUCGAGGCCCACCCUAACCUGAAGCCCUGCAGCGCCGACUCCCCUUAUGGACCCAUGGGCGGGGGAGCCGUGGGUGAGGCGGCAACGGGAGGAACGGAGGAGUAUCAGGGGGAGGGCGGAGAAGGAAGGGCUCCAUCUGACCUGAAUCUACUCAACAUGAUCCCCGGCGCUCCUAUCGGCACUACCGGGUCCAUGAAGUUCUGCAAGAGAUACGAAGAGGUGGGAGAGGGAGGAGGCAGCACGGCUGAGGGUGGGUCUCAAGGUUCAGAGAGUCAAGAAGAGGAAGGAGAAGAAUCGCCGAUUGAAAAGUUGCUGAGUCAAGGAUUCGUCCGGGGAGAUAUCAUAGGUCAGGGAUCACUGGAGGUUUGUUUGGACUAUGAAAAGGUCGGGUCACUGGACGUUUGUUUGGAUCAUGAAAAGGUCAGUUCACUGGAGGUUUGUUUGGACUAUGAAAAGGUCGGGUCACCAGAGGUUUGUUUGGACUAUGAAAAGGUCAAGUUGCUUGAAGGUAGAGCCAUGAGCCCUGACUCAGGUGUAGGCAGUGGGGGUGAGGAGCAAGUCAGUGUGGAGAGCCUGGAGGGUGUGGAUUUCUCUCUUGGCACCAAAACAUUUACAUUUCCUCUGCUUCCGGGCACAGAACUACGACUCACUGGUUCACUCAUCGAGAGUUCCCCGUUUUUCCCAGGGCAUGGACCGAGUUCAUCCUUGUCAUUUAGUUCGGAAGAUGGCGUUUCCAUGACGAGUACAACCACAUUGCUACCCUCUAGUGGCGGAUAUAUGCCAGUGUAAACACAACUGAAAACUGAAAAUACCUAUCAUCAUAUUAUCUAUGCAAUGUCAAUAUUCUUCAAGUUAUUAUUUUUUGGGGGAUAUUUUUGCAUUAAAAACUGAUUAUUAAUUAUU